CGGGGAGGGGCGCGGAUUGCGCCCUAGCCGGCCGCGUCUCUUUCGCUUUGGUCGGCAGCGGGAGGAACGGGACCCCCCCACUUGGAGGCUCUUUCUUCGGCUUGUCCCCGCCACCCCUGGUCCCAGCGCGGGGCUCGGGGAUGCCCGCCAGCAUGUUCAGCAUCGACAACAUCCUGGCCGCCCGACCGCGCUGCAAGGACUCAGUGCUGCCGGUGGCGCCCAGCGCCACGGCGCCCGUCGUCUUCCCGGCCCUGCAUGGGGACUCACUCUACGGCGGCGGCGGCGGCUCUACGGACUAUGGCGCCUUCUACCCGCGCCCCGUGGCCCCGGGCGGCACGGGCCUCUCAGCCGCGGUCGGCGGCUCCCGCUUGGGUUACAAUAACUACUUCUAUGGGCAGCUGCACGUGCAGGCGGCACCCGUGGGUCCGGCCUGCUGUGGGGCCGUGCCGCCACUGGGAGCCCAGCAGUGUUCCUGUGUUCCGACGCCCCCAGGCUACGAGGGUCCCGGUUCUGUGCUGGUGUCCCCUGUGCCGCACCAGAUGUUGCCAUACAUGAACGUGGGCACGCUGUCGCGCACGGAGCUGCAGCUCCUAAACCAGCUGCAUUGCCGGCGGAAGCGGCGGCACCGCACCAUCUUCACUGACGAGCAGCUCGAAGCGCUGGAGAACCUCUUCCAGGAAACCAAGUACCCGGACGUGGGCACGCGCGAGCAGCUGGCCCGGAAAGUGCACCUCCGAGAGGAGAAGGUGGAGGUCUGGUUUAAGAACCGCCGUGCCAAAUGGAGGCGGCAAAAACGGUCAUCGUCCUCGGAGUCAGAAAACGCAGAGAAAUGGAACAAGACCGCCAAGGCGUCGCCGGCGAAGAGGGAAGAGGAAGGUAAAAGCGAUUUGGACUCGGACAGCUGACGGCCGCGGGCCGGCCACGGUACUGGGCUAACUCGAAGGACUUGCAUAGACGGACGAUGCUAUUUUCUUGCACACGCGCUGCCUUGAGGGGAGGGAGGUUGAGAGAAAGAAAUGAGUUGUAAAUAGUGUACAGACGCCUGGGCCCCAGGCGGCGCAGGGGGUCGUAACCCCGCAGGCCAAGGCCGGCCAUUCCCUUGCUCCCCACCGUAGUAUUUAUAGUUAAGUUAACGGUGACAAUACAAUAAAAUGAUGGCGAUGUA